GGCAGAACCUCCAAUUGUUGUCCUUCUCCCUAGAGAGAAAACUGUUGGCCACUCUGGCAUCUCAGACUACUUGGCAUGAAGACACAGCUCUGAGGUAACUAUGGAUCGGGUCAACUCCUCUGGUCACGUGAUCAGCGUGUCUCCCUCACUAACAAACAGCACUGGUGUUCCAACUCCUGCCCCCAAAGCAAUCAUUGCCGCAGCUUUGUUCAUGUCAUUUAUAGUCGGUACCAUCAGCAACGGCCUCUACCUGUGGAUGCUGAAAUUCAAGAUGCAAAGGACUGUCAAUACUCUCUUGUUUUUCCAUCUCAUUCUCUCCUAUUUUAUUUCCACAUUGAUUCUGCCCUUCAUGGCCACCUCCUUCCUUCAGGACAAUCACUGGGCCUUCGGAAGUGUCUUGUGCAAAGUCUUCAACAGCACUCUGUCGGUGAGCAUGUUUGCCUCAGUUUUCUUCCUCUCUGCCAUCAGUGUUGACCGUUAUCACCUCACCCUUCACCCGGUUUGGUCCCAGCAGCACCGAACCCCACGCUGGGCUUCCCGAAUUGCCUUGCGAAUCUGGAUUUUGGCCACUAUCCUCAGCAUACCCUAUUUAGUUUUCAGGGAGACGCACGAUGACCAUAAAGGAAGAAUUAAAUGCCAGAAUAACUACAUCGUGGGUACUAACUGGGAGAGCAGCGAGCAUCAAACCUUAGGACAAUGGAUUCAUGCAGCCUGUUUCGGCCGCCGCUUCUUGCUGGGUUUCCUGCUGCCUUUCCUUGUUAUCGUCUUUUGCUACAAACGAGUGGCCACCAAGAUGAAAGAUAAGGGACUCUUUAAAUCCAGCAAGCCCUUCAAAGUCAUGCUGACUGCUGUCGUCUCUUUCUUUGUGUGUUGGAUGCCCUACCACGUACACAGUGGCUUGGUCCUCACUAAGAGCCAGCCACUACCUUCACAGCUGACACUGGGACUCGCAGUGGUGACUAUUUCUUUUAAUACUGUGGUUUCCCCCAUUCUCUAUCUAUUCACUGGGGAGAAUUUCGAGGUUUUCAAGAAAUCUAUUCUUGCUCUAUUUAAGUCAACAUUCAGUGAUAGCUCUGCUACAGAAAGGACACAAACCCUGAACUCAGAAACUGAAAUUUAA